AUGACACACGACGCCGUCUGGUUCUCUCGUCCCCGCAAAUACGGAAAGGGUGCCCGCCAAUGCCGCCUCUGCGCCCAUCAAGCUGGUCUCAUCCGCAAGUACGGUAUUGACCUCUGCCGUCAGUGCUUCCGCGAGAAGUCUGCUGCUAUUGGCUUCUCCAAGAACCGAUAA